GUAAAGUGUGACAGAACAACACAUUGCCGGGUCUCUGGUAGUACGCCUUUUGCUGUCUAUGGCCAGACGAUGUAAUUGAGAGAUGAUUGAACUUCGACACGGCUCGUAAGAGAAGUGUUAGUGUUGUCUUACCCCGUCUGAGACUCCUAGAUUAAAUCAGGUUUGUUUAAUUUCUAUGACGUGUUUUUUUGCGGACCACAAGAAAGCUGCGUCUCUGUCGAAAGAUUGUUAAUUUUGUCAGCUGGCAAAAUGGAUCGUGCCCUCCUGGUUUUAUAUGGCAGCCAGACUGGGACAGCCCAGGACACGGCCGAGCGUAUAGGACGGCAAGCCCAGAGGAGGCGGAUGAAAGUUCGUGUUGAGGCCUUUGACAGUUACAAUGUGGCUGGCUUGAUCGCUGAAUCUUUGGUGGUAUUUGUGUGCUCUACCACUGGUCAAGGUGACCCUCCAGACAACAUGAAGAAUUUUUGGCGGUUUCUCUUCAGGAAGUCCUUGCCUGCUGGUUCUCUGUGUCGCCUAGACUGUGUGGUGUUGGGUCUCGGGGACUCCUCUUAUCCCAAGUUCAACUUUAUUGCCAAGAAACUCUCAAAGCGCCUUUUGCAGCUUGGUGCCAAUGCUCUGCUGCCGGUCGGACUAGCAGAUGACCAGCAUGACCUAGGCCCAGAUGCGGUGGCUGACCCUUGGCUCAAAGCAUUCUGGGAAAAAUCACUGGCUCUGUACCCCCUCCCAGCUGGACAGAGCCUCAUGAGAGAUGAGGAACCACUACCUCCCCGGUAUGUGUUCCAUUUCCUGGACGACAUCAUGGAGGAGUCGAGCGGUCGUUUGCGCGUACAGGAGGACUCCGGGCCGCCUUCUUCUGCUCACCCCUUCUUGGCCAGGGUGGUGUUCAAUCACAGAGUUACAAGCCUCUCCCAUUUCCAGGAAGUGCGGCACAUGGAAUUUGACAUUAGCGGCUCCAAUAUUGAGUUUACUGCGGGGGACGUGGUUAUGAUGCGUCCCUGUAAUGCGCCGGAGGAUGUGGACCAGUUCUGCCAGCUGCUGCGGCUGGACCCACAGAGCCAGUUCACCCUGAAGCCCACCGACAGCAGCACAGCAGCGGUGCCCGGCCGGCUCCCUCAGCCCUGCUCCGUGAGGCACCUGGUGGAGUCCUUCCUGGACGUCUCCGCCGUGCCCCGCCGCUCCUUCUUCGAGCUGCUCGCCACCUUCGCCACCAACGAGCUGGAGAGGGAGAAGCUGACCGAGUUCAGCUCUGCGCAGGGCCAGGAUGAGCUGUACGCUUACUGCAACAGGCCUCGCCGCACGGCGCUAGAGGUUCUGGCCGACUUCCCCCACACCACAGCUGAGCUGAAGGUGGACUACCUGCUCGACCUGUUCCCCGAGAUCCAGCCACGGUCCUUCUCCAUAGCCUCAUCACUACUGGUACAUCCCAAUAGAAUCCAGAUCCUGCUAGCAGUGGUGCAGUAUAGAACCAUCAUGCAGAAACCACGCAUGGGGAUGUGCUCUUCCUGGCUGGCCUCUCUAGACCCAUCACAAGGUGACGUGUACGUACCCUUGUGGGUUAAGAAGGGAAGCCUGAAGUUUCCCCGGGAUCCUGACAGCCCUGUGAUCAUGGUGGGCCCUGGCACCGGCGUGGCACCGUUCAGAUCAGCGCUUCAGGAGAGAAUCAGCCAGGGAAGGACAGCCAAUGUGCUGUUCUUUGGCUGUCGCUCCGAGUCGAAGGACUUCUACUGCCGCGCUGAAUGGGAGGAGAUGGUGAAGGCUGGACAGCUUAUCCUCUCCACAGCAUUCUCCAGGGACCAGGAAGAUAAGAUCUACGUACAGCAGCGUGUGAGGGAACAAGCCAAGCUCCUGUGGGACCUCAUCGCUAACAAAAAUGCCGUUUUUUACAUAGCAGGCAAUGCCAAACAGAUGCCAACAGGGGUGUGUGAUGCACUGAAGGAGGUGUUUCAGACGGAGGGGGGCAUGUCAGCCUCUCAGGCACAGGAAAUGCUGGACGCCAUGGAGAAGUCGGGGCGCUUCCAGAGUGAAACGUGGUCCUAAGGGAUCCUCCAACUCCUUCAGUACUUUGUUCAAGUCCUUACCCACGUGGACAAGGGUUCUUUUUUGGGAACUACACUCAUCAUGUCACACUGUAGCCUCUUAUAAAAGCCAUCAUUAUGCUGUGACCCCUUAAGAUACUCUCUGCCAAAAACACAAAGGGCCUUUUUUUAAAAUAACAGGACUCAUAAGAUUGCUACCUGUUGCUAUGGUGUUUGUGUAUGGUUUGUAUAUUUCCUGCUUAAUUGUAUCCAAUUAAUUGCAUUCUGUAUCUACUGAGAAAUGAUCAUGCCCUUGACUAAUGGCAUUUGAUGAAGAAGGCCCUCUACAAACUCAGAUAUUGUAUAAUCCACUUCUGAAAAUAUAACAAUUUCAAUCUUAAUAAAUGAAUUGCUCUGAAAA